AUGGCCAGCACUGACUCCGAUUCGCAACAUUGUUCCCCUGGCCAAAAGGCCAAGUCCACGCUGCCGACCGAAAAGGUCUUCUCGAUCCAGAUCGGGACCGAGCUCUUUCCCCCGUCCUAUUUCUCCGAGUUCUUCGAAGAACAAUUGCGCCAGAACGGAGAGAACGCGACUAUCCGGACGCUAUACAUUGACCGAGAUCCAGAAACAUUUCGAGAGAUCGCCAGACACCUGCAGGGCUAUCACGUAGAACCCAAGGAUGAGUCGCAGUUUGUCAAACUGUUUGCGGACGCACAAUUCUACACCUUACCCCGACUGAUCUCCCAGCUCUUCGAAUCCCAAAUCUUCAUCCAAAUCGGCGAACGCCAUUUCCAAAUCUCGCGCGACAUCUUCUCCGGACCCGGUGACUCUCCCAAUUUCUUCUCCCUCGGAUUCGCCAUCUUCUUCGCCAACCCAAGCGAGAUCUUCCCCGGAUUAGACCGUCACGGCCUGCUGCGCCCACCCGCCAUCAUCAAGAAUGAGGAGCAUCGCGCUGAGCUCCUCCGCGACUGUCGCUACUUUCACCUCCGCGGCCUAGAACAGAAACUCAUCCCGCACCACAUCAGCUUCAAUCCCAUCCGGCAACGAUCGGAGAUCGUCAUCCGCUUAGACGAUGUACGUCCCUCCGGAAUCCGCCAUGCACGCGAAGACAAUUCGAGGGACACCGGCUCCACAACUCGCUACCGCGUGACGUACGCACGCCCUUUCGUAGACGAGACGCCUCACGACCUGAUCCUGGAAAUCGGCGACGAGAGUACGAUCCUCGACGCACGCGCCAUGCGCGGGGGUUUCCUGAAUCUGGCGAAAGCCCGCAUGUCGAGCUUGGCGCAGGUGAUUGCCAAAAGCGUCGGCCUUGAUGGCCCCCUAUACAGGACUGGGGAAUCAGCACACCCCUCUACAGGCGGGGACAGUUUCUCGAUCCGAUUGGAGCGUGAGACGGAGCUGAUUCUGAACGGACAGACAAUCGAUUACCUCGAUUUUCCAGGCGGGGCUGCAGAAGCCUCUGAGCGGCCACCUGCGAAGCGGAAGCGAGUAGAGGAGGAUCUGGAGUCUGGGAGCCUGGUAGUGAGGAAGGGACAGUGGCGUUUAGUGGUUGAGUCUGGUCCCGCAUCGAAUGCAGAGUUGGUCCUGAUAGCUGUCAAGUUGGAUGUUUACACCGAAGAGAGGGUGAGGAAUCGAUCCAGGGAGUUCUUGGGUUCCUGAUGACCUUGUGCUACCUUGCAGCAAUGAAAAUCUAUAAUACA